UAAGCACUAUCUGCAACUUGAGCUUCUCCAAAUGUACUGAAAGCUACAUUUAAUUUCCUUUAAUUUCCCCUCAAACACUUUUAAUUAAAAAUGGACCGGCGGCUGAAUGAAGUAGUUUUCAGGGGAGAUGUUCGAGCCAUUAAGAAACUCAUUGAAGAAGAUGAAAACAUAGUAAAACAAACCAUUGAAGGGUCAUUACACACCAUAUUGCACCUAGCAGCUAGAUUUGGGCAUGUUGAAUUGGUCAAGAUGAUUGUGAAGUUGUUCCCUGAGAUGACGUCGGCCGAGAACGGGGAUCUAGAGACCCCUCUGCAUGAAGCAUGCAAAGAAGGGAGGCUUGAAAUUGUGAGAAUCCUGCUUGAGAAUGACCCUUGGGUUGCUUACAAGACCAAUAUGUGGGAUAAGAGUGUGCUUUAUGUAGCAUGUGAGAGAGGGAGGAUUGACGUGGUUAAACAUUUGUUAAAUAAUGUGCAGAUGCUGUUGAUGCUUGAAGUUGAUAUGUUCACUACUUCACUUCAUGCUGCAGCUUCAUCCGGCCAUACAGAAGUAAUGAAGGAAUUGGUUAAAGUACGACCUGAUUUUGCUUCGAAGAAUGACUUGAAUGGGUGUAGUCCGUUACAUAUAGCUUGUAGCAAAGGCCACUUAGAUAUAACAAGAGAACUACUAAAACUGGACAUGGAUCUUUCUGCCUUACAAGAUAAUGAAGACAGAACUCCACUUCAUUGGGCAGUCAUUAAAGGAAGAGUGAACAUUGUCGCUGAGAUACUCUCGGUGAGUCUUGAAUCUUCUGAAAUGAUUACCAAACAUGGAGAGACUGUUCUACAUUUGGCUGUCAAGAACAACCACUUUGAAGUGCUUAAAUUCUUGAUGGAGAGUCUUAACGUUUCAAAUCUCAUGAACAUUCAAGAUACUGAUGGAAACACCAUUCUCCAUUUGGCUACUGUUAGGAAACUCACGACGAUGGUUAUUUAUCUACUUAAGCUUGGGGUAGAAGUAAAUGCUUUGAAUCAGAAAGGAUAUACAGCAUUAGAUGUAGUUGAAGCAGAUGCAAGUAACUCUGGUGCUCUCGCAAUUAUCCCAGCAUUACAAAAAGCCGGUGCCAAAAGAUGCGACCAAUUACCACCAAGUUUACAAGACAUCCAGCAAGUUGUAUCACCGAAUUUGGGGUCAUGGCCAAGAAAAAUUAGUACUACUACUAGUACUUUUCAAUCUCCAUCCUCAUCUCAACAUUCUUAUUAUCAUCAUCAAAGGAAACAUAACAACAAUAAUUAUCGCGCUACAAGGAGAAAGAAAAUCGAGCUGCAAAGUGAAGGUUUAAGAAAUGCAAGAAAAACCAUAACAGUUGUUGCAGUACUAAUAGCAACUGUCACAUUUGCUGCUGGAGUUAAUCCUCCUGGUGGAUUUAAUCAAGGAAGUGGAAAAGCUCUUUUGGGUAAAAAAGCGGCCUUUAAGGUGUUCUUGGUAUGUAACAUUGUGGCUCUUUUUCUUUCCCUUGGAAUUGUUAAUGUUCUUGUUAGUGUUAUUCCAUUUAAGAGAAGAUCCAUGAUGAAACUAAUGGUGGCAACACAUAAAGUUAUGUGGAUUUCUACUUUUUUUAUGGCAUCAGCUUAUAUUGCUGCAAUAUGGUCAAUAUUGCCACAAGGAAAAGGGGUUAAUUGGGUACUAAUUGAGGUUGUGGUUAUAGGGGGAGGGUGCACUAUGGUUGUGUUUCUCAGUUUGGGAAUUUUGUUGGUUAGACAAUGGAAAAGGAAGACUGAUUGGAGAAAAAGAAGAGAUGAUAAGAAGAUGAAAGAGGAAAGUCCAAAGAGUAAUAUUAGUAGAGUUGAAGAAAUGAAAGUUGUGAAGAAAGAAAGUCGUGAGGGUAGCAGUAACUCAGAUGUUGAUAGCUCAGAUCAAGGUUAUCAUUUGUAUUAAUUAAUCAACUACCUACAUUGAUAGAUUUGUAUUAGUCUUCUUGUUGAGAAUAAUUAAUUAAAGCCAUAUACAUAUUAGUUCCUCUUAUAUAUCACCGUAUAAUCAGUUGACAGAUGCUAUAAUUAAUUUAUUUGUUGAAAGUCCAUUAAUAAGGAUUUCUAGUCAUUGUUUAACUUUAGAUCAUGUGCAUUUUGUUAUCAACAUUUUUAUGAUGG